AUCUCUGCUGCCUGCCCGCAGCCCCUCACUCGGGGACUCUGUCGCCAGUCCCGACACGGCGGAGCUCGGCGGCGGAUAUGCGCGCUCUGGAGCGCCUGCAGCGCGCCCGACCCACCGCUUUCUGAUCACACGGACCCCCGGUGCGGCUCUGCCAACAUGUACUCGUUUGACGAAUUCGGUGAACAGAGUAUUUGCCAGGCUCGAGCCUCUGUGAUGGUGUAUGAUGAUACCAGCAAGAAGUGGGUGCCAAUCAAGCCAGGCCAGCAAGGUUUCAGCAGAAUUAACAUCUACCACAACACUGCCAACAAUACUUUCCGUGUGGUGGGAGUCAAGCUGCAGGACCAGCAGGUUGUUAUCAACUAUUCCAUUGUGAAAGGACUGAAGUACAACCAGGCGACACCCACCUUUCACCAAUGGCGCGAUGCCAGACAGGUUUAUGGUCUGAACUUCGCCAGCAAGGAGGAAGCUACCGCAUUCUCAAAUGCCAUGCUGUUCGCUCUGAACGUGCUCAGCUCACAAGAUGGAGGUCCAGUUGUCCAGCGUCAAGUCCAGAAUGGACCUUCUUCAGAUGAUAUUGAAGUACAAAGGCGGCAGAUGAUGGAGCAGCAGCAGCAGUUUCAGGCGCAGAUGGAGAGGGAUCGACGGGCUUCCACGUCAGUGACCACCCUUCAGAUCAAAGUUUCAUCGUCUCCUUCUAAGUGUCCCUCACCCCCACCCGAGUACAGCAUUUUCAAAACAGGAUCUGCCCCACCACCCUCUUACGCCAAGGCCACCUCCUCCUCUUCUUCGCGCUCUUCUUCCUAUGAGCGGGACAUGGCGGAUUCAGGUGCACCUGCUGCCUCACUGCUCUCCACUUCUUUUCCUUCUGCUUCAUCACCCUCACUGCCCAGUGUUGGCAGCCCACCUCGCAAGGCCCGACAGAUUCCUCUGUCUCCACCGCCUCCUGGCCUGCCUCCGAACCCUGCCACCUGGCCGCCCAUGUCCGUAUACUCUCCUCUGCCCCCUGCUGGCCCUGUGAUGAUGCCAAUGCACACUCCAGCUGUCCUCCCGGUUGCACUUCCUCUGAUGCCUUUGCAGAAUGGCAGGUUCAAAAGCCCUGGUGACCGUGGGACUCAAAGGCCAGGGUCUGAUACCAUCCCCUCAAAUGGGCAUCUGGAGGAGCCAGCCAUAGCCUGGACUCCUAGAUCAAUCUCUGCUGUAGCUGGGGGCUUCUGCCAGCCACAGUAUCCCCCUUACCCACCAGUGGCACAGGCCUACCCACAUGACUCCCCACUGGUGAACUCACCGCCCUCAUACACCAGUGUGUCGGAGAUGGCCCUGGCCAAAAAGAGAUCCCCUCUUCCUGCACCCACUGCAAGAUUGAGUCCCCCUCUCCCAGCCGGUCACCCGUCACUCACUCCUGUGGCUUCAUUAGCACCACCGACUCCAAUACCUCCUUCAAGUGGAGGUCCUCCACCUCCUCCGCCACCUCCUGGCCCACCGCCACCUUCUGCUGGUGCCCCACCUCCUCCCCCUCCACUGCCGGCUGGUGGAGGAUCAACAAGCACGGGUGAUGAGAGUCCAGGGUCAGGACUAGCGGCUGCCUUGGCAGGAGCCAAACUUCGCAAAGUUCAGAGGUCUGAAGAUGGUUCGGGGGGCACCAGUCCAGGUGGGGCAGCAAAGAACGAAGCCAACCGCACGAGCGGAGGUGGGGGCCUGAUGCAAGAAAUGAAUGCUCUGCUCGCACGAAGAAGGAAGGCGGCGACACAAACAGAAAAGCCAAAUGAGAAGAAAGAGGAAGAGCUGCAAACUGAUGAUCCCAGCCCCUCUCCAUCACCUGUGACCCGAGGGCCCAGUCAGCAGAACUCAACAGAUCCUCUCAAGAAGCCAUGGGAUAGAGCAAGUUCUACAGAUAAGGCACUAGUAUCAAGGGUCAAGUCGGGGGCUGGCAGUAAUGACCUGGGCUCUGACACCUUAGAUUUUGACAGAAUGAAACAGGAAAUUCUGGAAGAAGUGGUGCGUGAGCUGCACAAGGUGAAGGGAGAGAUAAUUGAUGCCAUUAGACAAGAACUGAGUCGGAUCAGCACGACAUAACGUGGGGUGGGGGGGCAGCACGUCCCAGGAGGAGAGGACCGUGAGGGUCACCUGCACUGAUUGUCUAUGUCCAGAGACCAGAGCCAACCUGCAGCUCAAAGCUUUCAGUCUGUAUUCUGUUCAAGUCUUAAGUUUUCAAGAACACACAUUUUCUAGAUUUUUCCGUUUAAGAAGUUGCACACCAUUUUAUGUCAGCCUUUUAUAUUUUAUAUUGGCAUAUAUAUACAGUAUAUAUAUAUAUACUUUUUUUUUGGUUCUGGAACUAAAUGCAAGCACAUCACCAUGGAUUGCUUUUUAGUUGCGGGGCAUCAGCAGCGUUUUUACCUUGAGAUUUGUUUUUUAAUUAUUAUUUUUUUAUGUUUUUCUUUUUUUUUUGCCAACACAGAAGUAUGAGAUUAUUGACAAAACCAUUAUGACCCUGAAUUAGUUGUGGAAGAUUAGAAUUCUGUUUAUAUUGCAACCUUAUCAAUGAUACAUCUGAACACACAAGUAUUUGUGAUCUUGUUGAUAAUAAAAUGUCUGUUGGCUGCGAGGUCCGCUUGUAUUCAUUUAGUUUUCCCCUUGAUUUUUAAAAGUGGCUUCCAGUUGACACACACUUUCCUGUUGAAUCCCCAUUUUAAUAAAGCUGUGAACCAUGUGAAAA